AUGACAAAAUCAACUGCAACCUGCCCCCUCUUCCUUUUCCCGUUCCUCUGUCUCCUCUUCUUGCUUCCAUUUCAGGCCUCGCCAUCACCGACCACAGAGGCGCAAGCUCUUGUCAAAUGGAAGAACUCCCUCUCGCCUCCUCCACCUCCACCUUCCCUGAGCUCAUGGUCCCUCACCAACAUCCCCCAUCUCUGCAACUGGACUGGCAUUGCCUGCAACGGGGGCGGGUUGGUCACAGGUAUCGGCCUCUCUGGCUCAAGCCUCAACGGCACGCUUGAUGCGCUCGACUUCACUUCGUUCCCGAACCUGACCCGCUUCGACGUCAGCAACAACAAUCUCGAGGGCCCAAUACCGUCCUCGAUCGGCAAUCUAUCCCAGCUCAGAUUCUUGGAGUUGGCAGUCAAUUUCUUCGAAGGGGCAAUUCCUCGCUCCAUUGGACAAUUGAUAAAGCUUGAAAAGCUUGAUUUGAGACUAAACAAGUUGACCUCUUCGAUCCCUUCGGAGCUCGGGCUCUGUUCUAACCUCACCUACUUAGCCCUUGCCAAGAAUUCGAUCUCUGGGGAGCUGCCUCUCUCACUGUCCAAUCUAGUCAGAUUGUCAUUAUUUAGAGCUUCGCAUAAUCGCCUGUCGGGUGAGUUACUGCCUGACUUCUUCACAAAUUGGACCGAACUUGUUUCUCUGAAGCUCCAGAGCAAUUUCAUCUCCGGGAAAAUUCCGCCCGAAAUUGGAAGUCUGACCAAGCUCAAUCACCUCUCCAUGUACAAUAAUUCGCUCUCGGGGACUAUUCCUCCGGAGGUCGGGAAUCUCACGUUGGUGACGUCUCUCUAUUUUGGCAUGAACCAGCUUUAUGGAAAGAUUCAGACCAUCUCUCGCCUUGCUAACUUACGGAAGAUCUCUUUGUGCUCGAACAAUUUCUCGGGAGAAAUACCACGUGAUUUAGGCAAGUACAGCCCUUCUCUGAAAUCUGUUUGCUUUGCGAACAACAGCUUCACCGGAGAGCCCCCAGAUUUAUGCAGUGGCUUUGCUCUUCGAUAUCUCAUGAUCCAAGGGAACAACUUCACUGGGCCGCUGCCUGAUUGUUUGAAGAAUUGUUCACGGCUAAUGAGAGUCCGUCUAGACAGCAACCAGUUCACUGCAGAUGUCACGAGUGCAUUUGGAGUUUAUCCGAAUCUGGUUUUUAUAAGCCUCAGCAACAACCGAUUUGUCGGGAAUCUCACCACACAAUGGGGAGAGUGUACAAAUCUCAAGACUUUGCAGAUAAAUGGGAACAAAAUUGCCGGCCGCAUCCCACCGGAGCUUGGGAAGUUGUCUCAGUUGCGUGCCGUGACUUUUUACAGCAAUGACUUAACCGGGAAAAUUCCCGACGAGAUGGGAAAUCUAGAGUUGUUGAGCCUGAACUUGAGCAACAAUCAUUUGGCUGGAGAUAUUCCCAUCUCGUUAGGAAACUUAUCGAAGCUAAAUUAUCUUGAUUUGUCGAAGAAUGCAAUAAGUGGUAGCAUACCGGACGAGCUAGCAAAUUGCAAGAAUUUACUGAGCUUGAACUUGAGCAACAACAAUCUGUCGGGUGUCAUACCGCUGGAGCUCGGGAACUUGUUUGCACUACAGAUUCUCCUAGAUCUGAGCCACAAUUCACUAGCAGGAUCAAUUCUGUCCAAUUUGGCAAAACUUACUAAACUGGAAAAUCUCAAUCUUUCGCAUAACAACUUCUCGGGUACAAUUCCUGCAGCUCUCAACAGCAUGAGCAGUUUAGGCUCUAUAGACUUAUCGUACAACAAACUAACGGGUGCAGUUCCUAGUGGUCGCCUCUUCCAACAAGCACCGGGAAGUGCUUUUAUCGGGAAUCCGGGCUUGUGUGGAUACGUGACCGGAUUAUCUCCUUGUGGGACGAGCAGUAAAUCAACUGACCAAAGAAAAAAGGUUCUGGUUGGUGUGAGUGUUGGCGUCUGCUGCUCACUACUUUUGGCGAUUCUAAUUGCCAUGAUUCUGCUACGUCGGUGGCGAAAAAUCUUCUUGACAAAUGAAGAGAUCAAGCGUCUUAAAAAGCACGAGAAAUUUGAGCAGAUCAUAUGGGAAAUUAGGAAGUUCACAUUCAGCGACAUCGCCAAGGCCACCAAUGAUUUCAGCGAAGAAUACUGCAUCGGAAAAGGUGGGUUCGGAAGCGUUUAUAAGGCCGUAUUGGCCAGCGGCCAAAUCGUCGCUGAAAAGCUCAACGCACUAGAAUCCAGCAAUGUCCCAACAGUCAACCCGAGUUUCGAGAACGAAAUCCGCGUGUUGACCGAGGUUCGACACCGUAAUGUGAUCAAGCUCCACGGGUUCUGUUCCACGAGGGGUUGCAUGUACUUGGUCUAUGGGUUUGUUGAGAGAGGUAGUUUGGCAAAGGUCUUGUAUGGAGGAACGGGAGCCGUUGAACUGGACUGGGGUACAAGGGUGAACAUUGUUCAAGGCGUGGCUCACGCGAUUGCUUACUUGCAUCACAAUUGCUCACCGCCUAUCGUCCAUCGGGACAUAACGUUGACAAACAUCUUGCUUGAGUCAGACCUCGAGCCUCGACUCUCAGAUUUUGGGACGGCAAGACUCUUGAAUUCAGACUCAUCGAAUUGGACCACAGUGGCCGGAUCUUAUGGCUACAUGGCAAUAGAGUUAGCAAUUACGAUGCGGGUAACGAAUAAAUGUGACGUGUAUAGCUUCGGAGUAGUGGCGCUAGAGAUUAUGAUGGGAAAGCAUCCGGGGGAUCUUCUCUCUUCUCUUUUAAUGACACAAACAUCAACAAUCUCGGAGGACGCAAAUUUGAUGCUGAAGGAUGUGCUUGAUCCGCGGCUUCCUCCUCCGACUGGCCAACUAGCCAAGAAAGUGGCAAUCAUCAUCACAACGGCACUAGCGUGCACGCGCACAAGUCCUGAUUCGCGACCCACCAUGCAUUUUGUCGCGCGAGAAUUAUGUGCACGCACUCAAGCUUACUUGUCCGAGUGAUUGGGCUCCAUAACUAUCAGCAAAGCUAUCGAGUCUACAGGAAUAAAAUUUUAA